AUGAAUCGUGUAGCUCAAUUCGCGAUUCUUAUCACCGUUGCGAUCUCGAUCUCGGUGGUUUCAGCCCAGAAGUUAUCGAUAUACGAGAUCCUUGAGGCGCACGCGUUACCGAAGGGGCUAUUACCAAAGGGCGUGAAGGAAUUCAACGUAGACACGGAGACAGGGGAAUUCUCGGUUUUCCUGAACCAAUCGUGCAAGGCCAAGUACGAGAGCGAGCUGCAUUACGAGGCCAACAUUACGGGCACGAUUGGUUACGGAAGCAUCGGAGGUUUAUCGGGUAUAUCGGCGCAGGAUCUUUUCCUUUGGUUUCCGGUUAAAGGGAUCCGAGUCGACAUACCGAGCUCCGGCGUUAUUUACUUCGAUGUUGGGGUUGUUCGCAAACAGUACUCCAUGUCUUUGUUCGAGACUCCCAAGGAUUGCGUUGCUGUUGAGAACGAGGAUGAGUUUCGUGGAGACAAUAAGGUUCGGUCAUCUAUGUUGCAAUUCUAUGAAGUAGAUCAAAGUGGUGGGAGAAACAUUGUGUAA